AUGAGCAUGGCCUGCGAGACAUGUAGAACCCAGGCCCGGGCCGUCCUCCGGGCUGCAAUGCGAGCCGGCGCAUCACGAGCCGCUGCACCGACGACGAGGAAUUUCCUUCCACCCGCUGCGGUUGUUACUCGACGACAUUUCAGCAACACGAGUUCGAGAAGCCUCCUCAAGGGUAUUGGAAAGUCUAUGGCGGAGCCGUAUCGUGUGUUGGGUGCGACAGAGCAGCUUUUCAAGGCUUCAGCGAAGGCGGCGGAUUAUCACAUCACUGAGAAGGAGAGAAAAGAUGAUCAGGUGCAGCUUGCAGAGGAUGGUGAAGAGAUUGGGCAUUCUCUGAACCCUGAUAGUCCCUGGCAUCACACCUUCAAACUUCCUCCAACCUUCAGCACCUGGUCCCAUGUAACCAUGCUUCACCUCUACCUAAUCAACACCCGAAUACGUUGCUUCGACCGCGAGGGCUUCCAAAACUGGCAGCACCAGCUCACAGAUCACUUCUUCUUCGAGUGCGAGAAGAAGAUGCACAUCGACCACCACAUCACGUCGAGCGCCCUCCGCCAGCGAUACCUUAAGGACAUUUUCGUUCAGUGGCGUGGUCUUCUGCUAGCAUAUGACGAGGGCCUCAUCAAGGGCGAUGCGAUGCUAGCAAGCGCCAUCUGGCGAAACCUGUUCAAGGGCUCUGCUGAUGCGGAUCCUAGAGCUCUUCUUGCUAUUGUGGGCUGGAUGAGAUCGACACUGUUGCAGUUUGAGGCUGUUUCGGAUAAUAACCUUGCUGCGCAAUUACCGGUGAUUAUGGCCAAGCCAGUGGACGUGUUCUGGACGAGAUUGGAGAAGCAACUUGGCGGCCAGCAGGAGGAUAGUCUUCCUGCCAAGGAGGUGAAGGAGGAGCCUGUAUCGGCAGAGGAGACAGCCAAGGUUUCAGCGAACUAG